AUGCCGGAUACCGAACAUAACUUCGAGAUUGCCAUAGUUGGCGGUGGUAUUGUAGGUCUCAUUACCGCGUUGGGUUUACUCAAGCGAAACAUUCCCGUCAAGAUUUACGAACAGUCUCGUGGGUUUCGCGAAAUCGGUGCCGGAAUUGGCUUCACGACCAACGCACGAAAGUGCAUGGCUCUCCUCAACCCGUCCAUUGAGAAAGCAGUCAAUGCCGUUGCCACGCAUAGCGGAGAGAACAAGGACAAGCCAGACGACUAUCUCCGGUUCAACGAUGGAUACACUUGGGACGAGGCCUGCCCUGACAAGGAUGAUCCGCUCCUCUACAGCCUAGACACUGGGCGCGAAGGAUUUGUAGGAUGUCAUCGUGCUCAUCUCCUGGACGAACUUGUAAAGUGCAUUCCUGACGAAACGGUCGAAUUCAGGAAGCACUUAGUCAGUGUUACCGACGAAGGAAAGGGAGGGAAGAUGCUUCUGCACUUUCAGGAUGGUACUACAUCCAGCGCUGAUGCAGUAAUUGGCUGUGACGGCAUCAAAUCCAAAGUCCGCCAGCUGAUCCUCGGAGCGGACAAUCCUGCCGCGUACCCUCACUCCAGCCACAAGGUUGCCUACAGAGCCUUGAUCCCUAUGGAUUCUGUAGUAUCCGCCAUUGGCAGCUUCAAAGCCUUCAAUGAGCAGGCACACACUGGACCGCGAGCCCACAUGCUACAUUUCCCGGUGGCAGGCGGCACCCUUGUCAACUUUGUGGCUUUUGCGGACGACACAACCGAUUGGGACAAUGCGGACGACACAGUCGGCCACAUGACCUCUCCUGCAACGAGGGAGGAGGUUGCCGCAGUGUUCAAAGACUGGGGCCCUACAGUCAAGAAUCUCAUCGGUUUGCUGCCAGAUGAGAUUACGAAAUGGGCCAUAUUCGACACUUACGACCACCCAGCUCCGACAUUCGUCUCAGGCAGGCUUUGUCUUGCGGGUGAUGCCGCUCAUGCGUCCACCCCUCAUCACGGAGCCGGCGCGGGCAUGGGUGUUGAAGAUGCACUCGCCUUGGCCACUCUCCUUGAAAAGGGCACUGAGAUAUUGCAAGGUUUAUCCCGACCUACGCAAGAGGACAAGAGUUACUUGUUAGAAGCCAUGUUUCGAGCCUAUGAUACUAGUCGCUCACCCCGCGGGAAGUGGUUGGUGCAGAGUAGUCGCGAGGCUUGCGAGAUUUACGAGUGGAAUCACCCGGACACUUUGCGCGACUGGAAGAAAUGCCUCGAACUGCUCCAUGAAAGAUCCCACAAGAUCUGGGACUAUGACAUUGAGGGAAUGAUUCAUCAGUUGGAAGCUGACUUUGCGGAUCGAGUUCACGCAUACUCGCUGCGUCAGGACGGCACCGGUGUCCCGAAAGCUGUUGCGCAGUAG